UUAUGUCCCUGAAAAAACUUUGUCCACGUCUUGUGUGAGCAACUCAAACCCACAGAAACACCUGUCCACGUCAAUAAAUGCAAACCUAUGAUACCCGUCUUUGCUGUGGGGAUGGGGAGGCCAUAGUUAGUUACUUUUACUGGUAACUAGUUACUUUUGUAGUGGAGUAACUUUUUGAGAAGUAACUAGUACUUUUUUAAAGUAACAUGCCCAACACCGGGUAUGAAUGUGAGUGUGAAUGGUUGUUUGUCUAUAUGUGCCCUGUGAUUGGUUGGCCACCAGCCCAGGGUGAACCCCGCCUCUCGCCCGAAGACAGCUGGGAUAGGCUCCAGCACCCCCGUGACCCUCGUGAGGAGAAGCGGUAGAAAAUGAAUGAAUGAAUGAAUGUUCUUACUGUCUGUCUAUUUUACCAGCUGUGAUUUUUCUCAAUGAUUAAGACCCCAGCACCAAGGAAUAGUUUGUUAGUUUGAUAUUAUUUUUAUUUUUCUGUGGGUUACAUCACAUUUCAAGAGAUUUAACAUGCAUGAAAACUCUCCAAAGUUUACAAGUGCAUCAGACCAGGUGAAAAAUGUGAUAUUUCAGGGGUCCUGAACCAGAACCCCCACAACACUCCAUAAAUCACAGUGAAAUCAAUUCUCAGGGCAUUUUGGAAACAUCGUUCAUUGUUUCAGUUCUUUAAUUCCACUAACUUUUUGGUAUGGUCUUUGGUAUAUAUAUACCAAACAAUAUAUUAAUAUUCAUGCACAAAAUAUAAGAAGACGCGUUACAUUUUGUUUUGUAUGACAUACAGUACAUAAAAACACAUUUCUUUACAGUAUGUUGUCCCCCCAGGAGCCAGGCUGCAGUAUGUGCAGAGUGACAACCCGUCUAACAGCUCUUCUAAACCAGGGAUAGAACAAGACAUAGAUCAACGGGUUUAAACCGGAGUUUAGAUAAAACAGAUAAAUGGCAUAGCUGGCAAAUAAAUACAUUAUUUUUUCGUCACCAACCAGAGAAACGCUGUAAAAUGGACAGAGACACAUGAGAAAGACAAGGACCAGGACACCAAGAGUCCUGGCUGCCUUCAACUCUGAUGUUUUUGCUCUGACAGAGACUGGAUGUUGUAGUUUGACUGAUGUAACAUGAGAACGCAUGGCUCGGGCCUGAGACACAGCAACCACAAACACUCUCGUGUACAGAGUAACGAUGAUGCCCAGAGGAAGGAUGAAGACCAUUACAACGUCAACAAUCGCGCCUUCAAAGUCAACACUAACAAAACACUCUCCAUAGCAGGAAUUAGCCUUUCCAGGAUGAGUCAGAUCACCUUUGAAGAUGAUGCCACACAGGAGGAGAGAAAAGAACCAACAGAGACAAACACAAAGCUGAACCCUUUUCACAGUGACUUUGGUGUUAUAAUGCAGAGGAUCACAAAUAGCCACAUAACGGUCAGCUGAUAUCAGCACCAUGUUUCCUACUGAUGCCCACGUCAGCAUGACGGUUAUGUAGAACCACACAGAACAAAAAAUAUCUCCAAGAGUCCAGCAGGAUGUUCUCCUGUAGAUCUCACCAGGCCAUACCAGGAGGCCCACUAGAAAGUCAGAGACAGCGAGAGAGAGGAGGAGGAGGUUGGUGGGAGUGUGGAGCUGCCUGGAGAAAUAAAGAAGACAACAUAUGUCCUUAGUGGACGAAAGAGACUGAACAUGAAAGUCAACAACAACCACAACAAUAAGAAUUGAUUGAUAAAAAUGUUACAUAAUAUAAAUAUAUGCCUGAAGUGGGAGAUUGAGAUGAUGACCAGCAAGUUGAGAACCACAGUGAAGAUACAGAUGAUGCCCAGGACAACAUUUAGCAAAACACCAUCAGACCAAUGAGACGUGGGCUUCCUGCAGGAGAUGUUGAUGAGUUGUGGAAAGCAGAACUCUAAUCGGUCCUCCUUCUCCAUCAUCAAGAAGAAGAAGAGACAAACAGUCUCUGUUGUACAUCUGAUUUAUGUGUUCAAGUGUCUUGGUCCAACCCAUGGUACCUCCCCCAAGCAAAACCCACUGGGUCAAAGUUUCAGCCUGAGCCCUCUCUGUCACGGCGCGGCAUGUCAGCGUUGCGAUGCGACCCCAGGAUGCAGAGAUGACGACCAAGUGCAGGCCCUCUCUGUCACAGCGCGGCAUGUCAGCGUUGCGAUGCGACCCCAGGAUGCAGAGAUGACGACCAAGUGCAGCCUGGUGUCAUCAUCGUACGCCAAGGCAUGCAGGUGUGAACCGGCGUCCUCCGAGAGCGUCAGGGCACCGCCAUUAGUCUGCAGGACUGACUGGCACGUGGGAAAACGGACGUUCUGAAGGAAGAUGUUCAUGUGGGAGAUGACUCUUGAGUUUUGGAAACAAAAAAUCGGUAAAAAAAAUGGCUGUGUCUGAACUGGAGCGCUUCCAUACUAAAGAUGGAGUGGAACCGUGGUUUAUGUCUAAAAUCUGUUCCAAAAAAACAUAACGAAACCAAAUCUGUUUUUCUCAUGAGAAAUAAUGCAAUCAAUCCGUUUCAGACAUCCGGAAAUAUUAGUACAGUAAACCUCGGAUAUAUCGGAUUCAAUUGUUCCCACUGGUUUUGUCUGAUAUAAGCGAAAUCCGUUAUAUGCGUAUACCGGAAAAUGUCAGUUUUACGCAUAUAUCGGAUUUAUAUCCGGUAUAUGCGUAAAUCGGAUUUUAUCCGUUAUAAAAAGGCACUUCCUUGACUAUGUUUCCAAUGUACCUGGACGCGCAGGCAACGCUGCAAACGCUGCAAAUGACGUCGUAUAGCGGCCUGUCACGAUUCGGCGAAUCGGAGCGCCACGAUGCGGCCAUCCGAUAUAUGCGAGGGAAAUUUCAUGGAAAUGCAUUGGAACGGGACUGGAGAUUUUGUCCGAAAUAGGCGAAAUCCGUUAUAAAAAAAUCCGAUAUAUGCAAUGAAUUUUUAUUGGAAAUGCAUUACAGAAAAAUUGGUUCUUUUUUAUCUGUCCGUUGUGAGCGAAUUUCCGAUAUAUCCGAGUCCGAUAUAUCCGAGGUUUACUGUAUUAGACUAUAAUUUUAUAGACAAAAAAUAACGUGAAACACAUAUAAAUGAGGAAUGAAAUGGAUGAAAGAACAGUCAAUAGUCACGUAUACAUGGACACAAAUAUUCAAAUUUCAUUCAGUUUAUUUGCUCUAACGGAAAGAAAAUCUGUGUAUACACCUCAUUCCCAAAGAAAAGUGCCAAUCCGAAUGAAUAUAUAAUGGGAUUCACGGGGGUGGAAUAUUCCUUUCCCCAAUCCGAUUGAGGUAUCUUGUACCCGCUCAAACGGGUGUUUUUCUUCUUCUGUCGUUUAUUGGCGGUUGGCAAGCAGCUUUGGUGUGCAUUAGCUCCAUCUGUGGAACAGAAUCUAAACCCUUCUAUACGCCAUUCACAAGUCCACUUUUAUUCAAAAAGAAAAUAUAUAUUUAUUAUAAAACAUGUCCCCAGUUUCAUUAUAAAAUAUUAGCAAGAUUGAAUUUUUGAUUGAAUCUUUUCCUGUUUAAGUUUUUCCAGCGUUCAGACGUUCUUCACUUUUAAAAAUGGAGGCCAGCAAUCGGCACUGGACUGCUGCGGAAAGUUUGUUUUUGAUUCAAACUAAUUUUUGGACAAAGGAAAAACUGGCAAUACGGAGUUAUUCCCCACUCGGGGAAGUCGGUAUCACGUGAUGUUUACGUUUUACUGGGCAUGCCUCAUUGACUAUUCUGGUUGAUUAUAGCGGCGCAUGGAGACAAGAGAUGGGAAUAUUCCUUUCCAUGGAUACCAUUGUUUUCGGAAAAGUCAUUCAGAAAGAUUCCAUUCGGAAAGAGGAUAAACUCAUGUAAACGUGGCUAUGGAUGUUUGUUGUGGGGUCUUUUGUGACCUCUUGGAUGAGUCAUCGCUGUCGACCACUCCUGGGAAGGUUCAACACUUCCCUGUUUCCGCCAUUCCUGGAUCAUGGCUCUAUAAUGACAUCACAAUGGUUCAGCCCGACAUGCACAUAUCUGACAUGAGAAGUUCCUCGCUUAGUGUGACGUCAUGCUUGGAAGUUCAGGAAGUGGGCAGGAUAAGGGAUGAGGAAAAGAAACGGGAGGAGGAGAACGAGGGACGGAGACACCGAUAGAGAGGCUGGACCAAGCCUCAUGCGAAGAUAAAUUGAGGAACUUCAAGAAGAAAGCUGCCAGAGGACCAGCUCCUCGGCUAUUC